AUGCUUUACUACGUGAUCACCUUACUUACUCAAAUUUAUUGCAAUGGACCUAUUUUAAAAGCCGUUCAGGAUGCCCAUUUAUUUCCCGAUUCGAAGCAUUUCGUUGAUAUGCCGCUGAAACUUGAUCCAGUGACAACUUUAAGACAUUUCUAUGAUUUAAAUGGAAAAUGGGAUAACAAAACUGUGCUGCAAAAAUUUGUGGACGAACAUUUUGAUCCUCCGGGAUUCGAAUUAAUCGAAUGGUAUCCAGAAGAUUGGACAGUUUUCCCAUCAAGUUUCCUCAAAAUCGAGGACUAUCAUUUGAGAAGAUGGGCAUUGCAUUUGCACAGAAUAUGGAGGGAUCUUUGUAGGAAAGUAAAGGAUGAUGUCCGACAACACCAAGAACUAUUUUCAUUGCUUUAUGUUCCUCAUCCGUUCAUCAUACCUGGCGGUCGUUUUCGCGAAUUUUAUUAUUGGGACUCAUUCUGGAUUGUGAAAGGGUUAUUAUUUUCCGAAAUGUAUGAAACAGCAAAAGGGAUCAUUCGUAAUUUAGCUUAUAUGGUUGAAAAUCAUGGUUUUGUACCCAACGGUGGUCGAGUUUAUUAUUUAAUUAGAUCUCAACCGCCAUUACUUACUCCAAUGGUUUAUGAGUAUUAUAUGGCUACUGGUGACUUAGACUUCGUCCAAGAAAUACUUCCAAUGCUUGAAAAGGAGUAUAAAUUUUGGAUGUUAAAUCGUGCUCAGUCAUUUUAUGAUGAAAGAUAUAAUAGAACUAUUUUAUACUUCCAGUACCGUGCAAGUAUGAAAACACCACGUCCAGAGUCAUAUCGAGAAGAUUUAGAAUUGGCUGAAGGUCUUUCUUCAACGGAGAAGCAUUUAAUAUGGUCAAAUGUAGCAUCAGCAGCUGAGACAGGCUGGGAUUUCAGUACCCGUUGGUUUGCACAGAGUGGUCCUAAAAUGCACAAGAUGAAGUCAAUUCGUACAUGGUCAAUUAUCCCUGUUGAUUUAAACGCAUUCAUAUGUACUAAUGCCAGAAUAAUGGCAUCAUUUUAUGAAAUCAGUGGUAACUUUCCGAAAGUUCUGCUAUAUCAGUCGUGGUAUGAAAUGGCAAAGCUGUCGUUAAAAGUUAUUCAUUGGAAUGAAACAGAUGGUAUUUGGUAUGACUAUGAUCUGGAAAAAAAGCGUCACUCCAAUAGAUAUUAUAUUUCAAAUGCCUUACCCUUGUAUGCAAAAUGUUACGAUGAUGAAGAUGAAAUCACUCCACAUCGAGCCUAUGAUUAUCUAAAAGUAUUUUUUAAUUCUAGUUUUUUAAAUUAUAGGUAUUUAUGA